CUGAGAUUUACGUUUUUUCGUCGUCUUUUUUUUUUUCACGUUUGAAGAGUUGAUGUCAUCAGCAACUGUGCAGCUAGGGAAGCGUGAGAGGCUACAUGCGUUUGUUUCGGUACGGUUCAGUGAGGAUGUCGGGCGCAGCGCACCGGGAUUACCAAUGUGAUGGCCAUCGCGAUUGGCAUCCGGAGUUUGGUUCGGGUUAUAGUUCUGGCGGGAACAGGGACUACGGAGGUAAUGACCGACGGGAACGGCAAGGAGACUUUCGAAAUGACCGAGUGGGCGCAUGCGACCAAGGGAGUUAUCGUGGGCAGCCAAGGCGCUUCGUUCCGGUGUGCUAUGAGUGCGGCGAGCCAGUGCACUACACAAACCAGUGCCCUAAGUUAUUUGGGGAAAGCAGUGCUCGAUGCUUUCCUCAACGCAUAGGGUCUACGUCCCCGGCUCAUCACGAUAGGAGUGGGGAUCGACGUUCAGCUUUGGAGGAUCCGACUGUUAGGAAACAACUUGAGGAUCUAGCUAGCUCACUUGCGGAUAUGAAGACUUUUAUCGACACCGAACAAAGCAGGAAGGAGGAGAAAGUGAGGGCGAGGAUGGAGAAAGAGAAACGCGUACGAGAGGAGAAAGAACGGGCUUUGAGAGAGGAAGAGGAGAAGUUAGCAAAUGAAAGACGACUGAAGAAGAAGGAGGCGAAGAAAAGGUUGGAAGCAGAAAAUCGGGAAGCGAUGCGUAAGGACUUGCGGAUGGAAAUUUGCAUGCACAUGGGAAACGUGUGUGAGGAACUGCAUCAACGUUUGGCGUCAGCAAUACCUACCAAGAAGAAAGAUAAAGGGAAGUUGUCAGUGCAUGCGUCGUUUGAAGAGGAAAGCGAUGAACCAGAAGGAAGCAAUGUGGAAGCAGUCUGGGAGAAGACGGAGGAGUUAGCCAUCAAAGAGAAGCGGAAGAGAAGUGUGGAGCGGCCACUCAGAGAUAGCCCGCCAAUGGAAACUCUUGCCAAGCGGGCAUCAGCGCGAGAUGUUUUGGAUCCGAAACACUUGUUACUAAGCUGUAGACGACAACCGUUGAAGCAGACACCGAACUCGCUGAGAAGCGAGCGGAAAGGCAAGAAGGUGCCGGCAUCGCCAGGCACGAUGGGGAGAUUGAUGUUUGUUACGGAUAACCUACCUGAGUUAGGCGACCGUAACAUCGAAGAUUUGAAGCUAGGUUACCAAUGGUCCGGAGACCGGACGUCUCCACCGGACCUAGGAAGGGAAAUAGCAGCGGGGUUCGCGGAUUGGCGUAACAGGACUGGACCGGACGUGUCGUGUUGGGAUUCGGAGCUGUCCAAUUGUAUGAAUGGUAGUACGGGAGAAAGGAAAAAAUUCCUGAACCCGUUGGAAGUGGAGAAGGUUAAGUUUGUACUGGAUGGUUUGGUAAUGACCCCGGUUGAUCCUAAUCCAGGGGAGACUUUAGUCAUGUGUCCAGCUUCGUAUAACGAACUUGAUAAUAUGAAGCCAUGAUGGGGAUGUUUGUUACAGCGGUAGGAUACACUAUCGUGAAGGAAUCAGAGGCUGAAGUGCACCAGAUCA